GACAAACUAUUCAACCUGCAGCUUUGGAUAGCACAGUACAUCACACGCCGUAUUACGGUUUUCAUCAUGCUGUCUGCGUAACUCUUUGGCAUUUCGAAACCAGACACACGUAGAGAAGAAACCCGCUGAGGACGAAUUUAUUUGGGAACAAACUUUUGGAAUUUCCUUCAACUUUGGGUCCACUUCUAAUUCUUAAGUCUAUCUUGUCCGUAGUCUGGCAAUUGUCUACUUCAACGUCAAACAGAAUGUACUGCCACAAUCUGGUCUUUUUUGUAUUUGUGUAUUCCCACGCGCUACUGAUGAUGUGCCUGCCACAAGCCUCAGCGCAGAAGUCGAAUGGUCCUCGGUUUCUAAUAGGAGACAGAGAGAGUCCAUGUUCCCCUGCAUGCUCCAGGAGUCACGGCAAGCCUGUGUGUGGGUCAGACGGACACAGUUAUGAUACCAACUGUGACCUGGAGAGGGCGAAAUGCAAGGACCGCACGCUCACCCUCGCCCACAGGGGCCGAUGCAAAGGUAAAAACUGGGUGAGGAUAGAUCAGCCUCUUCCUGCACCCACACUUGUUUCAGAGGUCAAAGAGUUGACCGGUAUAAAAGAAGAGGGCCAGACAAAAUGUCGGACUGAGCGGAUUCAGGCUCUGGAACAGGCCAAAAGGCCACAGGAAUCCAUUUUUAUCCCAGAAUGCAAUGACGAUGGAACAUUUGCCCAGGUCCAAUGUCACACCCUCACAGGAUACUGCUGGUGCGUGACGACAGAUGGCAAGCCAGUCAGCGGCACUUCUGUCCAGAACAAAACACCAGUGUGUUCAGGAAACUUCCGUGAAUUUAUGGGAACUCAUGCUGGGACAAGUGGAUUGUCAGGGUCAGUAACCGAUAAGACAGGACCUCCUAGUUCUGGCAGAAAAGUCUCUUUCCGUUUCUUUCUCACCCUCAAUCCAGAUGAUGGCUCCAAGCCCACACCAACUAUGGAGACGCAUGUCGUCCCAGAAGUUGAGGAGAUUACAGCUCCAACGUUGUGGAUUAAGCAGCUUGUGAACAAACAGAACAGUUCAAACAGUAGGAAGUCAGAGAAAGUUCCCUCUUGUGAUCAGGAGAGGCAGGCCGCUCAAGAUGAGGCUCAGCAGAACCCACGGGAAGCCGUCUUCAUCCCUGACUGUGGCCUGCAGGGCCUCUACAAGCCGGUCCAGUGCCACCAGUCCACUGGUUACUGCUGGUGUGUGCUGGUGGACACUGGGAGACCCAUACCUGGAACCUCUGCGAGGUAUGAGAAACCAGAAUGUGAGAGUGCGGCUCGUUCUCGAGACUCAGACAUGGAAGAUCCUUUUAGAGACAGAGAUCUGACAGGGUGUCCAGAGGGGAAGAAAGUGGAAUUCAUAACCAGCCUGUUGGAUGCCCUCACUACUGACAUGGUGAUGGCUAUCAACUCACCAGCCCCCUCUGGUGGCGGGAGGUUUGUUGAGCCUGACCCAAGCCACACACUGGAGGAACGGGUGGUUCAUUGGUACUUUGCCCAGCUGGAUAAUAAUGGCAGUCUUGAUAUCAACAAGAAGGAGAUGAAGCCCUUCAAGCGCUAUGUAAAGAAGAAAGCCAAGCCCAAACGAUGUGCCCACAAGUUCACAGACUACUGCGACCUUGACAAGGACAAGACCAUCUCCCUUCAAGAACUCAAAGGAUGCCUAGGAGUCAAUAAAGAGGGUAGCACUACAAGCAGCAUCAGCAGUCAGGGGACAAGGCAAGGGACAAAUUUGUUCAUAGGUCGUCUGGUCUGAAGACAGAAAGUUCCAGAAGAUGAGGCAAUAGCACCAAGCACAGACCAAGAAUAGUACAACGAAGGAUUCUGAGAAAUUAUUAAGAGGUUCCUUAAGAUUAAAAAAAAAGAUGAAAAUGAUAUCAUGGAGCCAAAAUAUUUGCACUUUCUUCUCCCAUUGCUAGACAUUUUGGUCCCACUUUAAAUUAAGUGUCCCUAAUACCUGUGCACUCACAAGUAAAUACAUGUGUAUGUAGUAUGUAACCACAGUGUAAGUACACAUUGGUAUAUAGUAUCUACAGCUGUAAUGUUUGUGUAAAUACAGACAUGUAACAACCCUCCUAAUGGUUUGUGCAAAUGUGUAACGGGACAUAUAUAACUAUAUUUUGUAACAACGUGUAUAAGAGUAAUUGGAACCAGUUGACCCAGGAGGUGGAGAUGGGUAUGUUUAGGGUUGGAAAUGGGAGAUCCGGGGGUGGAGAUGGGUAGAUUUAGUUAUAUGUAAAGUGGGAGGGGUUAGAUCUCAAGUUGGAAUUGGUGCAUAACUAUAAUACCAAUGUACUCACAUAGUAACUCCUCAGGAACUGUCAACUUAAUAUAAAGUGUAACAUUCUGGACACCAACCAGAAUUGAUAUGUAAAGCUUAACUUAGUAAUUACAUGACAAAUUUAAUAUAAAGUGUAAUACUUUACCAAAAUGUGCUGUUGGUUCUGUUACGCAUUUGUACUUUGAUUACCAAAAGGUGUUGUUACCAGUGUCCUGUUACACAUUUGUACUUACACAUACCAUUCGGUGGGUUGUUACAUGUGUAAAGUUACACAGACAUUAGAGGUGUAGAUACUAUGCUCCAAUGUGUACUUAAACUGUGGUUACUACGUACAGGGACACUUAAUAUGAAGAGGGUCCAACAUUUUUAUUAUUUCCUUUGUUUGUGUUGUAAAUGUCUUAUUAAUAUUACAAAAAUGUAUGUUAGAGAACACUGACUGUAAGUUUGAGCGAUUACCUGUUUGCGUCUACAUUUGCCACAUCCAUGCUAACCGCUAAUCCAGACAGUAUUAUUUAGUUGUGUUUGAAUGUGACAUUUUUGGAUGUCAAUAAAAUAAAAAUAAAAAACACUC